AUGGCAAAUAUCGGGAUACUAGCUGACGAGGCCACCAUCACGGGCUUCCUUCUUGCUGGUGCAGGUUGCAUUAGUAGCGGUAAUCAGAAGAAUUUUCACGUUGUAGACCAGAAUGUGUCCAAAGCAGAUGUCGAAGCAGCGUUUGAGGAGCUAAGGAACAGUCCAGAUAUCAGCAUAAUUAUGGUGUCCAACGGUGUCAUGGAGACAAUAAAGGAUACUAUUGCUGAAUACGAUCUUCAAGGAAAAGUGGUAAUGCCGUUUCCUACUAAAGAUUCAGGUUUGUUCGCAAGCUAA